AUGGAUUCCUCCGAGAUCAAAGCUUGCGAGCACAAAACAUGGGACGCGCUCUGCAAAUCCGGCUCCGCCCUGAUCCCUCUACUGGCAGAGGACAGCAUCAUGCUAUUUCCCGGUGGGAUGAUUCUAUCCAAGCAAUCGACGCCCAGCCUCGAAUCGGUCCUAACCAGCGAGAUGUUUGUACCGUGGCAGACGUACACCAUAUCCGAGGACGAGGUACGCUUUCUCGACUCCCACGCGACCUCUGCCCUUAUCACGUACCGGGUGGUGGCUGAACGGGCCGGAGAGGAGAACCCUACAGUUUUCGAGGCGUUAUGCUCGAGUACAUGGCGGAAGAUGAACCAGUCCGACAGAGACCCUGGUCGCUGGGAGAUGGUAUCUCAUCAGCAGACUCCUAUCUGA